AUGUUGACCUCGUUCCGUGAGCUCAGGUCAAAGCUCAAAGGGGCAGAGGGGUGGUCUCGCCUGCCAUCCUUGACCGGCUACUCGUCACCAGAAACAGAAGAGACGAAAUCGUUUGAAGAAAGUGAUAAUUCAGAGCUUCAGCCGCUCAAGCAGCCAGCAGAUGGCGAGCGCAGAGCCCCUGGAAAGCUUCGCCUCGUGCUAUCCAUCACAACCAAUGUUGUUUCGACAGUCUCUAUAGUCUUCACAAACAAGUACAUUUUCUCAAACGAAACACUUCGCAAUUGCCAAAUGGCAUUCGCAUCCUACCACUUUUUCAUCACCGGUCUCACUCUGUGGGUGAUAUCCCAACCCUGCUGCGGGGGUUUUGUCGCCAAGUCAAUUCCUCUAUACCGCAACAUGCACUUAAUAGUUCUUAUGGCCGCUCAAGUCAUUCUCCAAAACCUCUCUCUGGCCAACUCGUCGGUCAUAUUUCACCAGCUCGUGCGACUACUACUCACACCGGCAACCGCCCUCGUGGGAUUUCUACUCUAUCGGACCGUCAUUCCAAGAGCCUCCAUACUUCCAAUGAUAAUUUUGAUAAUGGGCGUGGGGACCAUCUUCUGGUUUGAUACACGAUCUGCGACUAAUACGGCCGUCGCAACGUCGUCCAAGGGUGUUAUUUGUGCAUUUGCCGGUGUGCUUGCCAGUGCUAUCUACACCGCACUUAUUGGAAGCUAUCAGAAAAAGCUACAAGUAAGCAGCAUGCAGCUUCUACUUAACCAAGCACCGGUCAGCGCGGGCUUGCUUCUGUGUAUGGUCCCUUUUCUAGAUGCCCCAGCUGCAACUACUGAGCUUUCGCCAUCAUUAUACCUCGCAAUCUUUGCGAGUGGUUUCUUCGCUUGCCUCGUGAACGUGUCCCAAUUCGCCGUCAUUGACGCCGUGGGUCCUGUUAGCAGCACAGUCAUUGGACAUUUGAAGACCUGCACGAUUGUCGGCCUGGGUUGGUACCUAAGUGGUCAGCCUAUCGCAAGACAAAGUAUUGCCGGGCUUGCUCUGACUCUGCUAGGAAUGGGCUUAUACAUGGCCGCUGUUCUCAAGAGUCGCCGUUGA